UAAUCAUAAUAUAAAAAUUAUCCAGAAUAUGCAAAAAACAUUUAUCAUAAUACUUUUAAUAUUUAUAUAAUUAACAUUCGCAGCAUACAGAAAAUAUUAUUAAAUUUUAGGAGUAAAUCCAAAUGCUAGUGAUUAAGAAAUAAAAAAAGCCUAUAGAAGAUUAUCGGUAUAAUAUCAUCCUGAUAAAAAUAAAGACGCAGGAGCCACUGAAAAAUAUUAAUAAAUAAAUACAGCAUAUGAAGUUUUGAAAGACAAAGAUUUAAGAAGAGCAUAUGAUUAAGAAGGAGAAGAAGGAGUGAAAAGAUAUUAAGCUCAAAAAUAGUAAGGUAAUAGUCCUGACAUGGACUUUUUCGGAGGGAUAUUUGGAAACUUUUUUGGUGGAGGAAAUAAAAGAAAUGUCGAAAAAAGAGGCCCUGAAUUAAAAAUAAAACUCUAUACAAGUUUAGAAGAUAUUUAUAGUGGAAACGAAGUUCCUUUUUUUAUUACAAAAUAAGUUUUAUGCCCACAUUGUAGAGGUACAGGUGCAAAUGACCCAGAUGAUGUUAAAACUUGCCCUGCUUGUAAUGGAGGCGGAUAUAUUAUUAGAAAAUAAUAAAUAGCACCUGGUUAUUAUUAGCAAUUUUAAGCUUAAUGUGAUAGAUGUAGUGGAAAAGGAAAGAUUUUAAGGUCUAAAUGCUAAGUUUGUUAAGGAUAAAAAACUAUGCAAGGAUAUGACGAAAUGUCAGUUUUUAUUGAAAGAGGGAUUGAAGAUGGAUAAACGAUAAAAUUCGAAGGAGGAGGUGAUGAUUAUGUUGAUAUGAGUUCUUCUGAUAUAAUUUUUGAAAUAAAAGAAUUGGCUCACCCUGUUUUUGAAAGAAAAAAAAAUAAUUUACAUGUUUCAGUAGAAUUAACAUUAAGAGAAGCUAUUUUUGGAUUCAAAAAAAAAAUUAAACAUUUAGAUAAUCAUUUUGUGAAAAUUAAUAAAGUUGGAGUUACUUAACCUGGAGAAAUAUAAAAAAUAGUAGGCGAGGGUAUGCCAUUACAUUAAUAAUCUUAAACUUAUGGAGAUUUGUAUAUAUAAUAUAAAGUAAGAUUAGAAAAAUCAUAUACUUCAUAAUAAUUAAAAAAAUUGGAAGAAUUUUUUUCGUUAAAAUGAUAAUAUGGAUAUGAAAAAGAUAUAAAAAAUAAAAUAUUUAUUUAAAUAUAAAAUUAAUGUUUUUAUAUUUAACUUAAUUAUACAAUAUUCAUUAGAAAUU